ACCCGGGAAAACCAAACAAAAAACGCUAGCGAGACAGGCAUGAGUGCAGGAGCGGUUGUGGGUCGUGUGGAGGGAGGUGGAGGGCGGAGAAGAAAGCGACGGGAGUUGACUGAGGAACAGAAACAGGAGAUCGGGGAAGCGUUUGCUCUGUUUGAUUCAGACAAAGAUCAGGCCCUGGACUACCACGAACUCAAGGUCUCCACGGAGCACCCCAUCUCCCACGACACCCCUGAAAUGAGCACACCGCUCUAAAAAGAACACUUUCCUUAAAAACAGUUCUUGAAUGCAAUAUUUAACCCCACCUAACUCAUACGGACGGUAUCUUCUGUCCCACUUGGGUCCACACUGUUUUGGGUAACUCUCUCGCUGUCCGGUGUAUGUUUCUCCUGCUAGGUCGCAAUUCGGGCCCUGGGCUUCGACGUGAAGAAAGCUGACGUGCAGAAGAUAAUGAAUGACUUUGACAAAGACGACAGUGGGAAGAUUUCGCUGGCCGACUUCACAGAGAUCAUGACAGACUGGGUUCUGAAGAGAGACCCAAGAGAAGAGAUACUCAAAGCUUUUCAACUCUUUGACGAAGACAAAACAGGAAGGAUAAGUCUGAGAAACUUGAGACGGGUGGCCAGAGAGUUGGAGGAGAAUAUGAGUGAAGAAGAACUCAGAGCAAUGAUUGAGGAAUUUGAUGUAGACAGUGACGGAGAGAGUGAGUGUUCACGAGGGUUGUCCAGCAUUGCCAUAAAAGGAAUCCCAUUCCCUUAUUUCUGGGGUUAAAUAUUGAAUCUGUUGGGAGAAGAAUAGGUGUCUUUUGUAGUGCUUAUUUCGUCCACCAAACGUUGCCAUAUUAUUUAUCCAUUCUAUUAUCCAGUAAAUCAGGAGGAAUUCGUUGCCAUAAUGACUGGUGACACUUGACAAUUACUCAGACAUAUGAACUGACUGUAACAUAUACAUAGCCUUUGUAUCACUUGAGACAUACAACAUUAUGGUACAUCUCCGUCCUUUGACCAAGACACAAGAGUCUCACACAUGAUUAAUCCAUGCAGAGAAGUUGUCCGCUGCCAGGAGACAGCACUUUUAUUUGUGUCAGUGUUAUAUAAAUUAUUUUGGACCCAUCACACACAAGUUCCACAAGACCAUUAUAUCACAAAGUAUAUAUGUGUAUGAAAUAUGACCAUGGACAUAAUUAUACCAAACACUGUAAAAAAAAUUUGUAUAAUACUAAAAAGG